GUCCUGUCGCAUAAACAUUCAGCUUAGUGCAACUGCAACUGUUCGCGGCAACUGAACACGUGCUACGAGUCCUAGAAUCGCCUGUGAACAAAGCGUAUCGCGUGCUUGUACUGAGACACAAAUUGCACUCUAGUAGUUUGUUAAUUUUGAAAAUAUCAAAAUGAUAUUGAGGCACUCAAAUCUGUGGAUAUUUAUUUGGCGCCGUAAACUCUCCUUCCUGCUCGUCGUGUCUGGCCUGGUGCUGCUCGGCCUCUGGACCUGGGCCAUUUUAAUCGAUACCACAUAUCCGCCGCCAACCUCCGCCAUCUCCGCCGGCACUGAGCAGCAGCAGCAGCAGCAGGAUACUGGAUACCAGCAGGUUCACAUCAUUCAAAAGCUAAUUGCCCAGGCCAAUCGAGUCCUAAGGGCCGAGCGGCUGAAGGACAACGUAGCUGCCCAGCAGCUGGGAAACGUGCGUUUUCUGCGACCCACCCAGUCCAAGAAAGGUCCACUGCCGCUGUCCGAAAGCUACCUAUUUGAGCAGGACCGGCUCAAGAUCCUGGAGCAUCAGCAACGUCAAAAGAACGCCAACGGGAUGGAGGAACUUAAUGCCAUUAGCGAGGACGAACGAAUGCUCACCUCGGCGGAGCGGCAGACCCAGUACGAGCACGAGCUCCAGCGAAUGGGAGUGCCCGUAGUGGCCGGAAUCGGUCCAAAUGGACCACGUGCUCCAACCGAGCGUCUGGUUCAUCUUGAUCUUAAGGGUGCUCCGCCAAAACUUAGCUUCCUCAAGCAACUACUGCCCAUGCUCCGAGCCCUGGGAGCCACUGGGCUGCUCAUCGAGUACGAGGACAUGUUUCCCUAUUCGGGGGUACUCCAACCAUUGGCCGCGCACAAUGCCUACAAGGAGGACGAACUGAGGGACUUCCUUGAGACUGCCGCCGUCCAUGGCUUAAGUGUUAUGCCUCUCGUCCAGACUUUUGGACACAUGGAGUUUGUUUUGAAGCUUUCCGGGUUCGAGCAACUCCGCGAACUGACAGAGAGUCCGCAGUCGAUCUGCCCCAGCCAACCGCAGAGUAUGGCACUGUUGGAGCAAAUGCUUACCCAGGUGAUUGAGUUUCACCUGCAGUGCCUGGGUCAAUCGACCCCUUCGUCGGCAGCUCCACCCGCAGCACCCAUCCGAUUCACGCACAUCCACAUUGGCUGCGACGAGGUCCAGAGGAUGGGCGAGUGCUCCGUCUGCCGCCAGAGGCUCCGCAGUGAACUGUUCCUCUCGCACGUGGUGAGUGUGGCGCAUUUCAUCCGUCGCCACUGGCCCCAGCUGGGCGUGGUGAUCUGGGACGACCAGUUGAGAUCGAUGUCCCUCGGUGAGCUGAAGCACUCCCAGGUAGGCAGCUAUGUAGAGCCGAUGGUGUGGGUCUACGCCAGCGAUAUCUAUCGCUUUAUACCGCCCCAGUUGUGGGACACAUACGCUAAGAUCUUCCCCAGCGCCUGGACGGCGUCCGCCUUCAAGGGUGCUUUCGGAGAGAGCCUGAUGGUGCCGCCGCUGCAACAUCAUCUGGAGAACAAUAUCCGCUGGCUGGCGGUGAUCGCCAAGGAGGGUGGCCGGUUUGCAAAAGGAUUGCGGGGAAUAGCACUGACCGGAUGGCAGCGGUAUGAUCACUUUGCCGUGCUCUGCGAACUCUUGCCCGUGGGUAUUCCCAGCCUGAUGACCUCGCUGUCCACAGUCUCCAAGGGUUAUUUCAGCACAAAUCCCAGGGAUAACGAGCUUCUCAAGGUGCUUCAGUGCGUCUUCCAGCCCGAUAGCCGACGUUCGGGUCGUCCGUGGCUGGAACUGCACCCCAACGCCCAUCACAGCCAGCUGUUCUCGGCGUGCAGCUAUCCCGGACACCUGGUCUUCAAGUAUGCCCAGCGCUUGUUCGAAAAGCUGGCCGAGAUCAAGCUCUAUUUGCAGCAGACGAAGGAACAAAGUGCCUGGCUCUCUGAUUACAAUGUGCGGCAUAACUUCAGCUCGCCGCUGAGGGUUCGGGAAUUGACUGCCAGAACUCCAAUGCUAAUCGAGGAGCUACGCACUAUGUCUCGGGAGGCUCAACAGCUGCUGUGGGAAGUCUAUGAUGAGCACACGGUGACCGAGUUUGUGGAGCAGCAUAUAUACCCCACCAUUGUGGCGCUCCAGGGGCAACUGGCCAGUGCGGAAUCCCUUCUCCCGACACGCACCUGGCCCCAGAGACCUCUCCCCCUGGCCCUGAAGGUCCAGGAGGACAUGGGACUGGUGACGGAUAACCAACUGCACUGAACUGCCAAUAAUGUCGAUAAAAACUUAUCCAUUUCAAGGAUCUGAUUUUCCAAUUCGAUGGGAUGUCAUAUUUUAAGGAUGGAACUAUUCGUACUCAAUUAGUGAUGGCGUUCGAAACGCCCCAGCCCAGCACACAAACAUAUGUAUUAUAUAAGCUAAUAUUUAAAUCAUCAUAUUAUCCAUUUACAUUACUAAUAACGUUUACGAUACAUUUUUUGUAAGA